AUGCCAAUUACUAUUAGUAAUUCAAUUAGCAAUGAAAAUGUAGACAAUUAUUUGGAUAUUUGGAAAAAGUUGUGGUCAGUUAGGGACACGGCCUGGCAUUUGGAGAACAGACACCCUGUCCUGGUCAAAUAUGAUCAUCUUUUAACAAAUAAUGAAAAUAAUUCAAAUAAAAAGCGAUUUCUAUUUCCUCUGUGCGGCAAAAAUGUUGACAUGAAAUGGUAUUGGGAAACAGGACAUAAAGUGAUUGGUGUUGAGUGCGCUGAUGAAGCUAUUGAUGACUUUUUCAGUGUAAAUAAGAUAAGCCAUAAAAGUUAUUUAUCGUCUGAAUUGGAAAAAUGCAAAAUAUUUGAAACAAAUGACAAAAACCUAAAAAUACUUCAAACAAAUUUUCUAACAUUAGACAGUCCACAAUUAAAACAUACAAUUGAUGCCGUUUGGGACAGAGGCAGCUUCGGUACUAUUACUUAUGAAGAGCAGGUGCUUUACGCUAAUACAAUGAGACAUUUAUUAGCACCCGAUUUCCAUUACUUACUACUUGUGCUUGAAUUUGAUGACAAUUUAUUCAAAGGACCGCCAUUUAGUAUAUCUGAAGAACGCGUCAAUCAUUUGUAUGGGUCAUUUUGCAACAUUGACAAACUAGAGAGUACUGUCCCACAACACGUCCAACUUUAUCAAAAUCAUAUGAAACAAUCAAUUCAAGUGCAAGAAACUGUUUAUUUGUUGACUAAAAAACAGUGA